AUGGACUCCAAGAUCAUCGUUAUUACAGGCGCAAACACAGGGAUCGGGCUGGAAACCGUUAAGGCACUCUAUCAAUCCGAUCAGCAUUAUCGUAUCCUGCUCGGCGGUCGCAAUCUCGAAAAAGCCCAGCUAGCAUGUCAGAAUGUUACAACCGAAGGGACACAGAACACCGUGGAGCCAUUCUUGGUUGACGUUGAGAGCGAUGAAUCGAUCGAAGCGGCCCUCGAUCAAAUUGCAGCCAAGUACGACCGAGUAGAUUGCCUGAUCAACAAUGCUGGUGCUUGCUUUGAUGCCUACAUUGACCAAGGCAUGACAGCCCGGCAGGCGUGGAACAAGUCCUGGGAUGUGAAUGUCACGGGUGCACAUAUCAUGACGACCAAAUUCCUUCCACUACUACUUAAGUCUCAAGACCCCAGGCUGUUGUUCAUUACAAGUGGUCUCUCCUCUCUACAGGGGGCUUCCGACCCCGAAAAUCCCAAAAAUAUCUUUGCACCAGCUGGGCUACCCAAGGUGCUACCAUUUGUUGGAUACCGAUCAUCAAAAGCUGGCCUCAACAUGUUGAUGGUGGAAUGGUCUAAGGUUUUAAGGAACGAUGGUGUGAAGGUUUGGGCGGUUGCUCCAGGCCUGCUGGCGACAUCCCUGGGGGAGACACAGAGCUGUUGA